CUGGCGCACACAGCUAUAUCACUGCGCCAACACGCAGCAGCGAGCGUCACUUCUGCUCGCACUCGCUGACGUUUCCACGGCUCCGCGACACACAUGCGAGGAAAGGACACGCAGGCAACCUAGUGAUUCCCCAACACAAGAGGCGACUUUUGGCUUUUCCUCUGCUGGGAGACGCUCGAGUGGAAGUCCUCCAUGAUGCUCGGAGCAGUUAAAAUGGAAGGACACGAACACGCAGACUGGAGCAGCUACUACGCCGAGCCCGAGUGCUACACCUCAGUGGGCAACAUGAACCCGGGUCUGGGCAUGAACACCAUGAACACUUACAUGAGCAUGUCGGGCAUGAGCACCAGUGCCAACAUGACAGCCAACACUAUGAACAUGUCUUACGUCAACACCGGCAUGAGCCCCUCCAUGACCGGCAUGUCCCCGGGCACCGGGGCUAUGAACGGCAUGGGUGCCGGCAUGACGGCUAUGAGUGCCGCCUUGAGCCCCAGCAUGAGCCCCAUGACUGCUCAGCCCGCCUCCAUGAACGCUCUGAGCUCCUACACCAACAUGAAUGCCAUGAGCCCCAUCUACGGACAGUCUAACAUCAACCGGUCCAGAGACCCCAAGACCUACAGGAGGAGCUACACACACGCCAAACCCCCCUACUCCUACAUCUCCCUCAUCACAAUGGCCAUCCAGCAGUCGCCCAGUAAGAUGCUGACCCUUGCCGAGAUCUACCAGUGGAUCAUGGACCUCUUUCCCUUCUACCGUCAGAACCAGCAGCGUUGGCAGAACUCCAUCCGCCACUCUCUGUCCUUCAACGACUGCUUCCUCAAAGUACCACGGUCGCCCGAUAAGCCGGGCAAAGGCUCCUUCUGGACCCUGCACCCGGACUCGGGGAACAUGUUCGAGAACGGCUGCUACCUGAGGAGACAGAAGCGCUUCAAGUGCGACAAGAAGAUGUCCAUGAAGGACUCGGGACGCAAGCAGGGAGACGGUGCUUCUUCUCACAGCAGCUCUGAGAGCUGCAACGGCAACGAGUCCCCACACUCCAACUCGUCCGAUCACAAGCGGUCUCUGUCGGACCUGAAGGCAGGUCAGGGGCUGAGCCCUGACCACGCCACGUCCCCCGUGUCUCAGGGGCAGCACCUCAUGUCGCAGCACCACUCGGUUCUGGCCCACGAAGCCCACCUGAAGCCGGAGCACCACUACUCCUUCAACCACCCCUUCUCCAUCAACAACCUCAUGUCCUCCGAGCAGCAGCACCACAAAAUGGACCUAAAGACUUAUGAGCAGGUGAUGCACUACUCUGGAUACGGCUCCCCGAUGACCGGACCCCUGUCCAUGGGCUCCAUGGCAGGGAAAGCCGGUCUGGACUCCUCCAUACCGGACUCAGCGUACUAUCAGGGAGUCUACUCCCGACCCAUCAUGAACUCCUCGUAGACCCUGACAUGGACUUGAUGUUUGUACAUUUGUAAGAUAAAAUAGAGUUUGUGUACUAUUAUAUGUAUUUCCCCGCUCUUUUAGUUGUCCAGUUGUUUGGUAGCCUAAUUAUUUUGGGAGGAUGUUGAUAAUAUUAAUAAUAAUUAAAUCAUAAUAAUGUGACAAGUUCUGUUCUGGAAUGGACUCCAAAGACAACGACGACGUUCUGCUGUAAAUGACAUUUCGUGAGUGGACAUUGUCUCCACGCAGGAUUUCAAUCAUUGGUGUGAUUCCUAUUUAUGAGCUGUACAUGUGUAUUCUUGUAGUGACAAGAGCAGAAGCGAUAUA